AUGAGAACGACUCCCACAACUGCCUUGGAAGCCCUACUAAAUUUGACACCUUUAAACAUCCAUAUACAACAAACAGCAACCUCAACGGCGCUAAGGCUGCGCACACUCAAUCUAUGGAGACAAUACAGGAUCCCUCAUACGUCUAUUUUGGACACGCUCACAGCAACGCUGCCCAUCGUAGAUGCCAAACACGACCUGAUCCCCAAACAGUACAUCUUUGACAAGAAAUACAAAAUACACCUCACUGAGUCUAAACACAAUGACACGGGUAGGCACGACCACACCCACCUGAUACACACAUCCUUAGGUCAGUACUGUACCAUAUUCCAAGCGGAAUGCAUGGGUAUAAUCUUAGCAGCACACGCCAUAGCUGCAAGGAAAGCAAAAGAUGAAAACAUCUGCAUACUUACCGACAGCAUGGCUGUGCUCCAGGCACUUAACAGCUACACAGUUAACUCAGGCCUUAUACAUAAGUGUCACCUUAUUCUAAAUGAUUUAGGAGCAGUCAACAAUAUCAACCUUCGAUGGAUUAAAGGUCACAGCGGCUCCAGAGGCAACGACGCAGCGGACGAGCUGGCCCGCAAAGGUUCCGGUAGCCGAGCAAUCGGCCCUGAACCCAUCGUCCCCCUUCCUUUAGGAUAUUUAAGGUCGCAGGUAACAAGCAGAAGCCACGACCAGCACAGCGCGCUUUGGGAUUGCAUUAGUGAAUGCAGGCAGACCAAAGAAGUUCUGCCGAAAAUUAAUAAGCGAAUCUCAAACACGCUACUUAAAUUAAGUAAGCCACAGCUCAGAGUAGCUGUGGCUGCCCUGACAGGUAACGGCCACUUUAACAAACACCUUUUUAACUUAGGUAUCACAGACAGUCCUUUAUGCAGGGCGUGCAUGGAGGAAGAAGAAACAGCAUUGCACGUUAUACAACACUGCCCGGCAGUGUCCGACUACAGGGACAGAUACCUCGGUCCGCCGAGGUCGCCGCCAGAGAUCACCAGCAUCAUUAAGGGACUGCUGGGGUUCUUUGGCGAGCUGGGCUGGCUGGAGUAA